UCGUCAAAAAUUUUAUUGAGGAAUAUCUUUGUUAACAAAACCCAAGGGGUUGCAGUAAAAUAAUUCAGUCUGUGAUAUUUUUGUGUUCUUAACGUACGUGUAGGUGAAUAAAAUGUGGGAAAAAGUGAUUUUAAGUGUGCUGUUCGUGACGAUCUUGGGACUUCAGUUUGCCAACUCGUUGACCUGCUUAAGCUGUGAUACACUCGAUUCCUGUCUGCAGCCCAGUCAACAAGUCUGCAACGAUGCCACAGCAAAUGCCUCAAGUCUCUGGUUAGCGACAAUGCAUGCAGAUGUGCCCUUUAUUGCUCAUAGCGACAAGUUCAAGUGCAUGAACCUCACCUACGCUUUCAACCCGUCCAAUAUUAGAACCCAUGAGUUUCUGGGCUGCUUUCAUCAGCUUAACAUCAGUCAUAGCAACACUUGGUACCAAAAUUGUCAUGUCUGCGAUUGGGAAUCUGUGCAAUCGAAAUCCUGCUGA